AUCACUUCCGCUGUUUUAUUACUGACUACAACUCCCAGCAGCCUUCACGCGGCCACCGAGGAAGUGCAGCAGCACCAACUGAAGAUGAAUAAGAGUAAAGCGGACGAGGAAGACUACUGGAACAGCUCCAAGUAUAAAGCCUUCACCUUCGAUGACGAGGAUGACGAGUUCAGCACGUUAGAAGAGUCGAAGCGAACGGUCAACAGCAUUCGCCGCCUGGUGGAGGAAGAUGAGGGUGAAGAAGAGGUGGAAAAGGUCAGCUGGAACGGAGAGCCGGUUGGCUGUCUCUCCUGGUCGGUCAGUGAGACGGCGGCGUCCAAUCAGAGAGCAGAAAGAGAGCCUGCCUUCCCUAAAAUCAACACACUGACGAACAGCAAGACUCACUCGGGAUACUCUCUGAGCUCGCUGUUCAAAGGAAAAACUAAAGGAGGAAACUUCCAGUCGUUCACAGACUCGUCCAGCGACUCGUCUGUCAGGCUUUACGCUCCAGAACUCCGAAAACCAAAAUCUGAAUACAAGGAUUAUGUCAGUGAUUGGUCGCCUGAAGAAACGGUCCACAGAAUGCAGCAGGGAAAGGUGGUGUCUCUGGAGAGGUUCCGGUCCCUCCAGGACAAGCUGCUGCUGCUGGACUCCGGUGUGGCGGCUCACGAUGGAAACGUCCUGACGGCUGUUCUCAUUUAUUUAAAGAGGACUCUGAGUAAAGAGGUCUUGUUUCGGGAGCUGGAGCCCAGACAAACGGCUCUGAGACAUUUGAUCCACUAUCUGACUGAGACCAGAGACCAGACGCUGCUGCUGGAGCUGCUCAGAGCCCUGGGCAGGACGGAGGACGUGGCGCUGUUGCAGUAUAAAGAACACCUGAGCAUCGCUGAGGACAACAAGAGGCGGGACUUCCUGAAGAGCUGCCUCAGUCUUCCAUUUUCCCCAGAAGACUCUACUCAUGUUCAGGAUCACUACACUCUGCUGGAAAGACAAGUCCUCAUCCAGGCGACCGACCGACAGGCAGAACGUGGCGGGAAAGUGGAACGAGCUUUGAUCCUCAACACGCCGCUCAUCACAACUUUGGACUACUGCUGCCUGUACCACUACACCGAGCCAGAGAGAACCUUCAGCAGUCCGUUGAACAUCCGUCAGACCUUCAAGAUCUCAGAGAAGCAGUACUUUGUGACGGCAUUGGCGGCGCGGGCGAAGCUGAAGGCGUGGCCGGACGUGGACGCCCUGUUCACCAGCAGGAACUGGCUCGGCUUCACCAGGAAGAAAUCACCGCUCGGCUUCCAACGAGUGGUUGACAUCCUGCAGAAGAAUUCCGCCCCCACACAGGUGUUGCAGGACUACGUGGCGCUGGUUGAUGAUGCGGAGCUCCGGAUCGCUCUGGCUCAGAGGCACAAGUGUCACGACAUCGUCAUCAACACGUACCGGGACCUGAAGGACCGGCAGCAGCUGCUCGGGUACCGGGCUAAGGUGGAGAGGGGAUCCGGGGAGGAGAGGAAGAUUGAUGAGCUCCUCAACAACCUGCAAAUCCGGUGGAAGAACUGAAGACUUUUACUUUGAAACAAAAAUGCUGUUUCCAGCCUGAAGAGACACAGGACAAGUCAAUCUCAUUGGUCACAUUUCCUUUGACUGCGCCCACAGAAUGUCGCAUGGGCGGGGCCUAUAUUUCCAUUCAAUAUGAAUGUAUGAAUACUAAUAAUAAAUGUGUAAAGUAA